AUGUCCGUCUCGCCGGCCUACCGUACCGCCACGUCGCUGUCCGACGGCGAGAACGCGGAUUCCGGGCGCCUUUACACCCUAGCCACCCAGGAUGACGUGACGGUGACAAGCCCCGAGCACUCGCUAGGCAUCCACUCCCCGGAGCAUGCCAACUCGCAGCGCAAAUCUUCGCCGUCGUCAUCGACUCGGCUGACCGGAAGCCCGCGCGACUUGUCGCCACCGCUGCUGCAGGAGCUCGCCUGCAUGAACCUGCGCGAGAUCGCUCACCGCCCAAGCAUCGGCGUCCUCGGCCGCACCAUCCCCGUCAAGGCCAACUUCUUCGAGAUCGGCCUGAAGAACGACAACGUGAUGGUGGUCCAGUACCACGUCAUCGUCCACCACCCCGGCUCGCGCAAGCUCGACCGCGAGGAAAACCGCGCCAUCUUCUGGCAGGCCGUUAUGGACCACCCGGAAGUCUUCCCCAACCGCUAUGCCCUCGCCUACGAUGGUUCCCACCAAAUGUACACCCCGCAACGCGUCGCCUUCGCCGAGGGCAAAGCCCAGCAGCGCCUGGAGACCGAGGUGUCGCUGGCGAAGGACUCGCGCGAGACCACCCACUGCGCCAUCUCGCUGCAGUGCGUCGGCCCGGUGCUGAUCGAAAUGAAGCGCACCAAGACCACGAAUCUCGACGAGCGCGUGCUGACUCCGAUCCAGAUCAUAGACAUUGUCUUCCGCCAAAGCCUCACCUGCCCCUUCAUCGAAAACUCGCGCAACUUCUACGCGUGGAAGUCGUCGUGCUACCGUAUCCCCACCAACGGCGGCGGUUCGCUCGAUUUGGAGGGCGGCAAGGAGAUGUGGACCGGGUUCUUCUCAUCGGCCCACGUUGCUUCCAACUGGCGCCCGUUGCUGAACAUUGACGUUGCGCACACCGCCUUCUACAAGGCCAAGAUCUCGAUGGUGCAGUUCAUGUGCGAGGUGCUGAACGAGAAGGCCGGCCUGCACACGGCGAAGGCGAUGAACCCGGGCGGACCGGGUGGACCUGGUGGCCCGAUGCAUCAGAUGGGCGGAGGCCCGCGUGGCCCCAUGCAGUUCCCGCCCGGUCAUCCCGGCAAUCGGGGCAUGCCGCCGGGAGCUGGAGGCCGUCCUGGCAUGCCACCGUUCCCGCCUCAGCGUGGCGGCUACCCGAUGGGCGGCCCUGGAAUGCCACCCUUCAUGCAGCAGCAACGCCAUCCGGAUGACGGAACCCCGCUUUCGGCCGAGACGCUGUACCGUGACUUCCAACUCUCCACUCACGAGCACAAGAUCCUUGCUGAGGCCGUGAAGGGGAUGAACAUCCGCAUCUCCCACCGCCCGGGCGUCGUCCGUGUCUACCGCGUCAACUCUCUGCAGAUGCCCGCCGACCAGGUGACGUUCAAGACGAAGGACGAGCAGGGCGUCGAGCGCAAGAUGAGCGUCGCCGAGUACUUUGGCCAGCGCUACCGCCCGCUGAUGUUCCCCAAGUUGCCGUGUCUGCACGUCGGCCCCCCGCAGCGGUACAUCUACUUCCCGCUGGAGGUGUGCACCCUCGACACGCCGCAGAAGUACAACAAGAAGCUCAGCGAGAAGCAGACGAGCAGCAUCAUUCGUGCGGCGGCCGUGGAUGCCCAGCAGCGCGAGUCCCGCAUCACGGCGCUGUGCGAGCAGGCGGCCUUCCAUAAGGACCCCUUCCUCCAGGAGUUUGGGCUCUCCAUCGUGCCCAAGAUGUUCGAGACGACCGCCCGAGUUUUGCAACCGCCCGCCAUCCUCUUUGGCGAGCAGAACAAGCGGGCUCACCCUGUCGUGCAGCCGAAGGACGGGGCCUGGUCAAUGGACAACCAGACGCUGUACUUGCCCGCCACGUGCCGCUCGUACUCGAUGAUCGCGCUGGUGAACCCGCGUGAUCAGCACCUGCUCCAGCAGUUCUGCCAGGCCCUCCACAGCAAAGCCGCCCAGAUGGGAAUGGAGUUCCCGCGCUGGCCCGACCUUGUCAAGUACGGGCGCGGCCGUGAGGAUGUCGCCCUCCUCUUCCGAGAGGUGGCCACCGAGUACCGCCAGACGGGCACCCAAUGCGACCUGGUGAUGGCCGUCCUGCCCGCCAAGAAUUCGGACAUCUACAUGACCGUCAAGGAGUGCUCGGACAUGACGUACGGCAUCAUGUCGCAGUGUAUCCUGAUGAAGAACGUGCUCCGCCCAUCGCCGGCCACCUGCUCCAACAUCAUCCUGAAGAUCAACAUGAAGCUGGGCGGUAUCAACUCGCGCCUCGUCGCCGACGCCAUCACCAACAAGUACCUCGUCGACGUGCCUACGCUGAUUAUUGGCGUCGACGUGACGCAUCCAACGCAGGCCGAGGAACGUCUCAACAUCCCUUCGGUGGCGGCCGUCGUCGCCAACCUCGAUCUUUACCCGCAGACGUACGGCGCCAAUGUCAAGGUGCAGCGCAAGUGCCGCGAGUCGGUCGUCUACCUGCUGGACGCGGUGCGCGAACGCCUGGUGGCCUUCUACAAGAACACGCACCAAAAGCCCGAGCGCAUCAUCGUCUACCGCGACGGAGUCAGCGAGGGCCAGUUCGCCGAGGUGCUGCGCGAGGAGAUCCAGGGCAUCCGCUCCGCCUGCUUGAUGUUGUCCCCCGACUACCGCCCGCCUAUCACCUACGUGGUCGUCCAGAAGCGGCACCACGCGCGCAUCUUCUGCAAGUACAGCAAGGACGCCGUCGGCAAGGCCAAGAACAUCCCGCCCGGCACGACCGCGGGACCUCCCCCGAAGGCUUCGACCACCUGCCCCCUCCCCAGGGCGGGGGGGCGGGCUCUUAGCCCCCAAGCAAGCCAGGAAGGCACGUCUCGCCCGGCUCGCUACCUGGUCCUGUGGGACGACAACAACUUCACGUCGGACGAGAUGCAGGCCAUCACCUACAGCAUGUGCCACACGUACGGUCGUUGCACGCGCGCCGUCUCCAUCCCGGCCCCCGUCUACUACGCCGACCUCGUGGCUACCCGCGCCCGUUGCCACGUCAAGCGCAAGCUUGGUGUGCACGACAACGAGAGCAUGACCGAGACGGGCUCCGUCGCGUCGACCCUGUCCAACUUGAUGGCCGUCGGGCGUGGACGGCCGGCAAAGAAGGCGAACAGCCGCGCUCCCGCGCCCACCGCGCCCACUGACACUCCGACCGGCACCGACGACUCGCCGCCUGGAGCCCGCCCUUCGAACAGCGACGCGGCGCUGCAGGAGUGCGUGACGGUGGCCGAGAAGUUCAAGUACCGCAUGUACUUCAUC